AUGAGGCUCACACGCACCAUUUCCAUUGUGGGCGUUCACUGCGCCGGCAAAGUCGGCGACGUGAUUGUCGGCGGCGUCUUCAACCCACCACACUGCAAGACGAUGUACGAAAAGCUACUAUACUUCCAAAAUGAAGCAGACGACAUCCGAAAAUUCCUUAUGAACGAGCCCCGCAGCCGACCUGCAAAUGUGCAUGAAUCUUGUUCUGUCUCCUUGCGAUCCUCGCGCAGACGCAGGAUUGCUCAUUAUGGAAAGCGACGAAUACCCGCCUAUGUCCGGGGGAAACACCAUCUCUACGGCAACGGUGUUGCUUGA